AGUAGCACACUGCUGAAGGACAGCCAGGGCACAUCUAUAUUUGUUCCAUUGCUCACUGCUGGCAUGUGCCCUGGGCAAAGAGGCGGUCUAGGGUUACGGUGAUAAGUCUUCCAACUGCAGUCAUAGGAAAGUGGCAGGGAAUUGCUUUUGUGUGAAUUCAUUUUUACUAGGGGAAAUAAAUGCGAAGUUUGAUGCCAUCUGAGCUAUCAGAAGAAUUUAUGACGUCUUAAGAUAGAAGGCAAGUUUUUAGGUAGUAACAUUCUUUGUUAUGUGUUUUCGAUAAUUGAUGGUCAUGGACUUAAACAUUCUUCACUGUAAUUGUAUCUGUGCCUGUAAACUGAGCAAAAACUGAGCAAUCAUCUGAAAAUCUUAUUUAGGCAGCAGGGUUCCAGACGAGCUUAAUUAUGCUCAUUUUAAUUUAUGUAAUUUAAUUUCAUUUUGGUAGGAAAAAUACUUGUUAAUUCACUUUUCUAGUUAGUAGUAGCUUCUAAAGCAAGCCUUAUUUGUUACAAUUAUGGGGAAAACAGUCUUUGCGGAAGCCAGACAACAUUUUCUGGCUUGAGUCUUGUCAUCUCAAAAGCCUCACUGGGGAUACCAAUGUCAUCCAGAUCUGGCAGUGCGAGAGACUAUGAAACGCAUGACGAGUUGCCUGGUUGUUCAGCUUCCCCACCAGUCCCAGAGCCUAGUGAGACUGAGGCUGGAGGCUUGAUAUUUUAUCACAUGGAUCUUUAUGGAUCAAAGGAGAGGUUUGAUAUCUUUCCUGAAGAGCCAUCUGGUCAAGGAGACAGAUCUCUAGGGGAUAUCAGAAGGGAAUCUGCAUUGAGUAGCGAAAAAUUUCAGUGCUCACAAGAAGCUGGAUAUGACUUGGAAAAGGAGGUUGCAGAGUUGGCUAAGAUGUAUGGACUUGAUGAGGAUAGAGAAAAAGAGCUUGAGCUUCUUGGAGGACAUCGGGAAAUGGUGGAGAGCAGACGUGCACCUGCUCGCACAGAAAAAGCAGGAUCACAAGGCUCCGUAUAUAAUGCAUCAAAAAGCAUCUCUCCGGUGAAAGAUCAAAGUCAAAGCGCAAAGCAACAGGGACUUCAUGGCAAGGCUUCUCACGAUGAAGAUCAGAGCAAAGGCAGAGCAGAGGAUGAGGCUGAGAGCCACACAUGGUCCAGAGAGGGGGUUAGCAGUGGUGGUGUGUCAGAUGAGUGGAGCAGUCAGGCUGUUAGUGAGGAGGAGGAAGAAGCAGCAGAUGUUUUUUGCUCUACCUGCAAGAUCCCAAUCCGAGCUUUUGACAAACUGUUUGGUGAGCACAAGGAUCACGAGGUGGCUCAGCUCCCCAGCGCUGUGGAAAGUGAAAAGGAGGAGAUUCAUAAAAACAUGUGCAAGUUGGAAGAGCAGAUUGCUCAGAUGGAAAACUUCGCCAGUCACUUGGAGGAAAUCUUCAUCACCGUCGAGGAAAACUUUGGGAGGCAGGAGCAGAACUUCGAGGUGCAUUACAACGAUGCGGUGCAAGUGCUUGCUCAGAAGUACGAAGAACAGUUGGAAGCUCUGGGGGAAGAGAAGAGGCAGAAGCUGGAAGCUUUAUAUGGGCAGCUGAUCAGUUGUGGGGAACAUCUCGACACCUGCAAGGAGCUGACAGACGCAACCCAGGAGCUUUACCUGGAAAAUGACAAAGCCACUUUUAUGAAGGCAGCAGUAACCAUGGUUGACAGGCUGGAAGAAUUCUUAAAGAAAGAAGUGGAUUUAGAGCUUUCAACACCGCCAGAGUUUGAAGACCGGGUCAUAGACUUCUCUGAAGUUGAAGAACUAAUGAACUCCAUUAAUACUAUUCCAGCUCCUUGUGCCCCUGUGAUCAACCCGCAGGCUCCCAAUGCAGCCACUGGCACCUCACUGAGAGUUUGCUGGGGCCUCUUCUCAGAUGACACUGUCGAGUGGUACCAACUGUGCUAUAAACCCGUGAGCAAUGAGAGGCGCAGUGACGACCAAACAGACCAUACGCUAAAAGUCAAAGAAACAUACUGCACCAUUACUAAUCUGUUGCCGAAUACACAGUAUGAAUUUUGGGUCAGUGCUUUGAAUGCCUCUGGUAUCAGCCCACCAAGUGAAAGAGCAGUUUAUGUAACAGCUCCUUCACCACCUAUCAUAAAGACUAAAAAGAUCCGAAGCUGUGAAAAUGCAGCACUGGUGUGCUGGGAAUCUAGAGACAUUAACCCUGUGGAUUCCUACAUGGUUGAAUUGUCCAAGCUGACAGAUGAAGAAAAUGGUGAUAUUAUUACUGAAUCUAUUGUUGGGAUUCCUAACUGCGAAGUCCUAAUUCACCUCCAGCCAACACAAAGCUAUCGCAUCUGUGUUAGAGCCCUAAACCUGGGUGGUUCCAGUGAAAGAAGUGAACCUGUCCUGAUCCACACCACAGGUACCUACUUCUGCCUUAAUGAGGACACAGCCCAUCCUUUACUGGCGAUUCUAGAUGAUGGAUUUACAAUUGCAUGCGAUCAACUGGAAAACCCAGAGUGUGAUCUGCCCAUCUAUGAUAACAGCUUUACAAGGUGUAUCGGGAUCCUGGGCAGUCUGAUCCCAUUUCCAGGAAAGCAUUACUGGGAGGUGGACGUUGAGGAAGACACAGAAUACAGGAUCGGUGUGGCUUUUGAGAACACACCGAGACAUGGUUAUCUGGGGGCAAACAACUCCUCCUGGUGCAUGAGGCAUAUCAUCACACCAUCAAGGCACAAGUACGAAUUCCUGCACAGCGGGAUGACGCCAGACAUCAGAAUUACUGUCCCCCCUAGAAGGAUUGGCAUCCUGCUGGACUAUGAGAACUGCAGACUGUCAUUUUUCAAUGCAGACAUUGCCCAGCACCUUUAUGCAUUCAACUCACACUUCCAGCAUUACGUCCACCCCUGCUUUGCUUUGGAAACACCUGGUAUCCUACGGAUACAUACCGGAAUUGCAACACCCCCAUGGACUGCUCUCGCAUAACCUGUGUUCUGCAGAUGCACAUCUACAUGGAACCUGCACUGAGCGAUGCCCUCUCUCAGCAUUAGCUGCUCCAUCAUCCUCCUCCACACUCCUCUCCCAAGAGAGCAAAGCAACCCCGACCCAAACCAGCUGCCAAGCCUGAGCAGGCCUGUUUCUGUCCUCUUAGGCAGGAUCUUGGACCUUGUGACCAUAAUGGUGUGGUGCCAUCAGCAUCCCAGAAAUUCUCCAGUUAGAAAUAGAUACCCAUCCUUCCCAGAAGGGACACUGUCACCAAGCAGCAGUGGCAGCUGGAUCACUGGUUCCCCCAGUACCCAUUUGAUGCCUAGGGAACGCGCCUGUUCCAGAGCAAUCAUUAAUUCAACUCUCGCAUCUGCUGAAGAGCUAAAAAUUCGAAGAAAAAUAAAAAUAGCAGAAGGCAUAUCACGGUACAGCUGCUAGACAGAGCUGAAAACACUCUAACCAUGACGCUGAUCUCACAAUCAAGUAUUCUUGUCACUACAUGAAGAUUGUGACACAAGAUAAUCAAAUACGCCUCCCUUGUGUGUGAACUGUUAGCGCCUACCAUACACACUGAGGCUUUUUGAAAUACCCAAGCAUGCACUACAGUCUCAAAUAUUAAAAGACAUUUUUACAGAAUGCCCAUGCUGCUCAUUCAUUCAUCCAGGGAAAAAACAAAAGACAAACCGAGGCCUUUUGCAGUGCUUGACUUGACCAUAUAGAGAAAUCUAAAUAAUUUCUAGCUAAAAUGCUUUUUUAGCUUGUUCUUUUUGGCCAUGCUCACCUCCACUUGGGUGUAUCCUCCACGCUCACAGAUCUGUUCUCCCCCUCAGCACUGAAGACCUCUCACCCCUGAUGCUGUGCCCUUGAAGCUCUGGGUGUCCACUGGGGGCUGGAAAUGACUCUGGCCCAGCACUUGUUUAGGCUUCAUUUCCAGACAUCAGGCAAUGAGACGGGCACUGCCUGUCAAGCAGGCUUGUCUAGCUCUAAACGGCCUCACUCGUGUAUGUCAAAACUACCCAAAUUCAAUCACGAGUCAUUAACAGAGAAGCUUUUCCACAGAUUUAUUGUACAUUCAUUACAAAAAAUCACUGGUUCAAGUUUCCAUCCUAGGGGAUUGUCAGGAACAGGCAGCAGCCUCUACAAUAUUCAGGGUCCCAACAAACAGAGCC